AUGGACCAAGAGGAUCGAAAGGCGUCGUUGACGAAUGUGGACAACAGCCUUGGAGGGUCGAGCGACACAGAGACUCAAAACCAACUAGAGGUCGUUUUCUACCCAGACUCCAGUCACCGCCGCAAAUCAUCGCUGGUGACCAUGGACAAGCCCAAGGUCCGACCCCACCUCGAUCAGCAAGACAAGACCACGGCCUGCUACGUCCAUUCCUUGAUCGCCGGAGAAUGGACGGCACCGCCGCACACUAUCAAAGAUACACAGGAUGGAAUGCAGCCCGUCAACGAAGAACCCGUCGCUGAGCCCAAGGCAGUCGACGAGGACGAGCUGGUCUCGGUGAUUGACGGCGACCCCAGGACUAUCAAGCCCGCCCCGACGAUCAUCCAGUCGCGGCAUCUGACCAAGCGCCAGCUCUCGGACAUGGCAUGGAACGUGCGCAAGCUCUCCAAGAAGCUCGGCAGCAUCAAGCUCAAGCUCACUGUCAAGAAUGUCUUCGUGGUGUGCAAGGCCCAUGACGAGUCGCUCGUCAGCCUGACGCGCAAGGUCACCCGCUGGUUACUGUCCAAGGAGCGCGACGCCCCGUACGUCGUCUACGUCGAGCAACGGCUCGAGACACAUCCGGAUUUUGGGGGCCUGCAGCUGUUGGAGGAGGAGCCGUCGGCCAAGGGCCGCUUAAAGUUCUGGGAUCCCAAGCUCGCCCAGGAUCAGCCGCAGCAGUUUGAUUUUGUCAUCACCCUCGGCGGAGACGGCACCGUGCUGUAUACCAGCUGGCUGUUCCAGCGCAUCGUGCCGCCCGUGCUUUCCUUUGCCCUCGGCUCGUUGGGCUUUCUGACCAACUUUGACUUUGCCAACUACCAGCGCACUCUUGAGAACGCCUUCCGCGAUGGCGUCGUGGUCAGUCUGCGACUACGCUUUGAAUGCACCAUCAUGCGCAGCAAAGCGCGGAUGAAGGACCCGCACUCGCGCGCACUCACAAGCCGUGACCUGGUCGAGGAACUAAUCGGAGAGGAAGGGGAGGAUACGUUGACCCAUACGCCCGAUUGUGUCUACGAGAUCCUCAACGAUGUGGUUCUCGACCGCGGGCCUAAUCCAACCAUGUCUCACAUCGAACUGUUCGGGGAUGACGAGCACUUCACCACUCUGCUGGCGGAUGGAAUCUGCAUCGCUACCCCAACCGGUUCCACCGCAUACAACCUUGCCGCUGGCGGUUCACUGUCACAUCCCGAGAACCCGGUGAUCCUGGUCACUGCCAUCUGCGCGCACACGCUGUCCUUCCGGCCGAUUAUUUUGCCCGACACUAUUGUCCUGCGCAUGGGCGUACCCUAUGAUGCCCGGACCAGUUCCUGGGCCAGUUUCGAUGGACGGGAAAGAGUCGAAUUGCUGCCCGGCGACUAUGUGACCGUGUCCGCAUCGCGAUAUCCCUUUGCUAAUGUCUUGCCGCCCGGCCGGCGAGGCGAGGAUUGGGUGCACAGCAUUUCCAAGACGUUGAAUUGGAACUCGCGGCAGAAGCAGAAGAGCUUCAAGUAA